AUGAUAACAAAAUUCUACCAGCACAUCCUUGCCUUGGCAUUUGCUGUGAAUGAGAUCAAUGAGAAUCCAAAGAUCUUACCAAACGUUACUCUCGGGUUCCACAUCUGUGACAGCUACUAUAACGAGAGGAUGACUUAUCGCACCACUCUGGACCUGCUCUUCAAAUCACAUAGGUUUAUCCCCAACUAUAAAUGUGACAGACGGAAAAACCUGGUGGCCAUCAUUGGUGGACUUGGCUCUGACACCUCUUCUCUUAUUGCAGACAUUUUAAGGCUUUAUAAAAUUCCACAGCUCCAUCCUUUUCUUCAUGGCAUUUCGUUCAACAAUUCCGCCGGAGAACUAAUAUCCUUUAAUGAUAAAAGGGAAAUGGGAGGCGCAUUUGACAUAAUGAACUUGGUCAUAUUCCCAAACAACUCCUUCCUUCGAGUGAAAGUUGGAAUCUUGCAACGUGGUGCUCUCUCUAGGAAAGGAAUAAUUACUGAGGAGAACAUGAUCAUGUGGCACAAAAGUUUUAACCAGGUGCUUCCCAUUUCUCUUUGUAAUGAACACUGCCAACCUGGUAAUCAAAAGAAAAUGAAGGAAGGGGAAAAGUUUUGCUACUACGAUUGUGUUCCAUGCCCAGAAGGGAAGAUUUCAGACAAGAUGAAUACGGAUGACUGUUACAAAUGCCCAGAGGAGCAAUUUCCAAGCAAGGACAAAAAUGGAUGCAUACCCAAAUCAAUAAGCUUUCUGUCUUACGAUGAACCUUUAGGGAUCAGUUUAGCCUCAUUUGCUGUUACUUCUUCUCUGAUCACGGUCUUGGUCUUAGGAAUUUUCAUUAAGCACAAAGAUACUCCCAUUGUAAAAGCCAACAGUCGGGAUAUCACUUACAUCCUCCUCAUCUCCCUCCUGCUCUGCUUUCUCUCUUCCUUACUGUUCCUGGGCAAACCUGGGAAAGUGACCUGCUUUCUCCGACAACCAAGUUUUGGCAUCAUCUUCUCAGUGGCUGUUUCUUGUGUAUUGGCAAAAACCAUCAUUGUAGUUCUAGCUUUCGUAGCCACAAAACCAGGUUCUAGGUUGACAAAAUGGGUGGGGAAAAGACAGGCACAUUCCAUUAUCCUUUCCUGCUCCCUUAUUCAAGCAACCAUUUGUACUGUGUGGUUGACAACCUUUCCCCCAUUCCCUGCUCUAGACAGCAAUUCAGCAAUGGAUGAAAUUAUUGUGCACUGUAAUGAGGGGUCCGUUGCCAUGUUUUUUUAUGUUCUUGGCUACAUGGGCCUCUUGGCCAUUAUCAGCUUCAUUGUGGCAUUCAUAGCCCGCAAAUUACCAGAUAGCUUUAAUGAAGCCAAAUUCAUUACAUUCAGCAUGUUUGUGUUUUGCAGUGUGUGGGUCUCCUUUGUUGCAACCUACCUGAGCACAAGAGGCAAAGCCAUGGUGGCUGUGGAGGUCUUCUCCAUCCUGGCCUCCAGUGCUGGGUUACUCGGUUGCAUCUUUCUCCCUAAAUGUUGCAUCAUUGUUCUUAGACCUGAGUUGAAUAGGAGGGACCAACUAAUGAGGAGAAAAAAUUAA